AUGGCGAUUCGGCACUUCAGGCGGCAGCGUGAGCAGGUUACGUCCGGAAGCUCGAGCGACACCGAGACAUCGGAUGUAUCGGAACAGGAUACCGGGGCUGGCGAAGGACCCACGGAGGCGGAAACACGUGCGGAGGGUGCAGAACAAGGUGCAUGGGAACGCGCACCGUCGGUUGCUGGUUCAGAGGCGGGCGAAAGCGACGAGGACGACUCAGAGAGCAGCAGUUCGGACGAUGAGGAGGUCGUGCUGCACCGGCCGGUUUUCCUGAAGAAGCGAGACCCUGGCGCCGGGCCGGCCGCGCGCACAGGCGCGGUCUCUGGCGCGCAGGAGCGCACUUUGGACCAAGUGCAGCACCACAACGCGGUGCAGGACAAAGAACGUGCUCUGAAGCAGAUCGCGACGUCCUACAGCACGGAUAAGGAGCUGUUGCAUCGCAUAGCGCAGCUGGAGACAGACGGCGACACGGACUCGGACUCCGAGAGGCGCGAGCACGAGCUUUGGGCGCAGCGCCGGCACCAGAGAAUGUUGAGGCUGCGAGAAGAAGAGCGCAGGCGCCAGUCCGAGCUGGAGGAGAACGAGGCGGCGCGGUUGACGAACAGCGCGCUGCCCAUGGACGAUGCGGGUAUACAGACGGCGGGUGGUGCCGAGAGAGGCACCAGGCCGGCUUCCUCCAGCGAUGCAAGGAAGAGAAGGGGACCAGAGGCGAAGUUCAAGCCAUCUAAGGUACAGAAGCCCCAAUUGAAGCGAACUGCAUCGCCCUCCCGGGCGGAUGAGAACGAGUUCUCGAUAUUAUAG